AUGGCCGGCAUAACUUUUGACCAUGCAGAUCUGCCUAUUGGUGACGUCUAUCUUCCCGGACACUUCCCACAUGGUCUACCCAGCCCAGCUGAGGUCAGGGUGAAAGCCGCUCAGGAUGGUAUUGAUACCAGGAAUACUUUCAGACCGGAUCCAGUUCUAUAUCCCGAGCUUGGACUGAUCAUCAAAUGGGGUCGCGACAUCACCAUAGCGGAGGGACAGUGUCUCUGGUUCAUGAGCAAGCAUCUUCGGGGCGUAGUCCCGGUUCCUGAGCUCUACGGUUGGACUGUUGAUAGCGAUCAGACAUUUCUCUACAUGCAGCUUGUUAACGCCGACACUCUGCAAGGCCGUUGGAAUGACAUGAGCGAGGAUGACAAACUCGAUAUCUGCGCACAGCUGCGAGAUAUGAUGGCUGCAUGGCGCCGGAUACAGUGUCCUGGUCCGACUAGCAACGACAGCAGGCCCAGAACUAUUCUAAGUACAGUCAUGUCAUGGCUGAGAUUCUGGAGGCCAGCACCAGCCAUCAGGCUUGGCCAGAUAUGCGGCCAAGCGCUACGCGACAUACUCUUUUACAAUGCAGGCCAGUAUCCAGCAGGGCCGUUCGACAAUGUACACAGUUUUCACGACUGGCUCGCAAAGCUUGCUUGCGCCAACGAUGCAAGAAAAGACGUAGAAGAGCUGUCCGGGCUCGAGGACAGUGUUGCUGUCACCUUCACGCAUGGCGACCUGGAUCAUAGCAACAUCCUCAUCUCAAAAAAGCCAGACGGCCCUCCAAAGAUUGUGGCAAUCAUUGACUGGCAUCAAUCCGGCUGGUACCCUGAGCCAUGGGAGUGGCUCAAGGCGCAGAUGGUAGCUGGACACAGCUCACAAUGGACAAAGGAGUAUUUGCCGAGAACUCUUCGUCCAGCUCGGUACGAGUAUCACUAUUCCUGGGAGUACAUCAAGAUGGCUACCAUAUGA